UUUCGCCAUGUGGAGGAGAGCAACCGGAGAAGUUGGUUUUCAGAUGAUUGGCAUUUUUGUUUUUGCUGCGUCAAAAGAGCUCACGCGAGCGUGUCCUUUCUCCCCAUUCUUUAAAGGCGCGAGGCACGUUAACGGACUUUUUAUUUAAAGUGAAAAAUAAACCCGGGGAACUGACAGCUGUCUGUAGCUCUGUUUUUUUUUUUUUUGUUUUUUUUUUUUUUUUUUUAUCUUUAACCCCUCAGCGACAGAGGAGUAUAAAUUACUUUUCAAGUUUUAAAAGUAGUUUUUUUUUUUUCUUAAAAAAUAAACUUUUCCAGUUUGCUUCGUCGCCAUGGAAAGGAUUGACGACGGUUACUUGGCAACGCAGGAGUAUCCACAUCCAUUCGUUCACAAAGUGAAGCUGACCAGGGCGCAGAGGAUCCGGGGUAUCAUCCUUGGCAGCAUCCUCUUCCCUAUACGCGUCACCUUGGCAGUUCUUUGCUUCCUCAUAAUGUGGCCUAUUGCCCGGCUACGGCUGGCCGGCCUGUCCAAGGAGGAGCGCUCCAAACCCGUAGAAGGCUGGCGGCGCUGGUUUUUCCACCCGAUCAUCUGGCUGCUGAGCCGAGCUGUGUUCUUCUCCCUGGGUUUCUUUUGGGUUAAGGUCAAAGGUCGCAGGGCGGACCUGAAGGAGGCACCUGUGCUGGUGGUGGCCCCCCACAGUGGCUUUCUGGACAUGCUGGUUUUGUGCCCAACCCAGCUGGCGACGGUGGUGUCGAGGUCUGAGAACACCAGCCUGCCAGUCAUAGGAGCUCUGCUGGAGUUCAACCAGUCUGUGCUGGUGAGCAGGAAAGAUCCGGAGUCGAGGAAAAGGGCCGUCGCUCAGCUCAACGAGAGACUGACCUCCAAUGGCUACUGGCCUCAGAUGCUGAUGUUUCCCGAGGGGACCACGACUAACGGCUGUGCUCUCAUCAAAUUCAAACCAGGUGCAUUCCUGGCAGGAGUUCCUGUACAACCUGUGUUGCUGCGUUACCCCAACAAGCUGGAUACUGUUCGUUGGACAUACAAAGGCACAGCCUGGACCGAGGCGCUGUGGCACACAGUUUCCCAGCCGUACACCAACAUGACUGUUGAGUUCCUGCCAGUUUACGAGCCUUCUGAAGAGGAGCAGAAGAACCCUGACCUGUACGCAGACAACGUUCAGAGACUCAUGGCCAAGGCCCUUGGAGUCCCCGCUACAGACUAUGUGAUGGAGGGUGGGGUUCCUGCCAGUAAACUGGGUGGUCUCUCUCUCCCGCUGGAGUCUCCCGCCAGAGAAACGCUGACGCUGCUGCACAAAAACGGUCUGGGAGCACAUGAAGUAGAAGCAGCGCUGGACAGAAUGAUUGACAGGUGUCGCUCAGAAGCUCAGGGCACGAAGGUCAGCGCAGAGGAGCUCGCCUCCGUCCUUGGGCUGAGUGACAAGCAGACAGCUGUCCACAUCUGUGGCCUCUACUCUAAGGAUGACACGGUGGACCUCAGAUACAUCUAUUUUAAUGUUGCACCCCUCACUGGAUAUGUUGACCUGAAGUCGCUGCUGCACUCUGCGUUCCCUAUGUUUGCCAGAGAGGGGGGAGGCAGCCUGAAUGAAAGGGAACUGUCGGACCUCAUGGGGGCGCUGCUGGGUCUUCCACAGCACAGCACUGCUGAACUCUACGCCGCCUCCUCCAGUCAGAGCCGACUCACUGAAGAAGCUCUGCUGCGCGUGCUGACGACCCACCCGACCUAUCAGAAAGUGACCAAGGAGUACCUGAAGCCCGAGGAGGCGCCCGUCACCCCUCUGUCCAGCGGGAAGUCCGUGAACAACAACGGAAACCUGCGCAGCAGCAACGGAUCCAUUUACAACACCAGCAAGAAGUCUGAGUGAGGACCUCGCUGUGAAUUUUACUUUUAUGGGGGUGGAAGGGGUUCGGAGAGGACGGACAGAUUGAAGCAAAAUAAUGACAGAAGAUUGUACCGCACACGCUGUGUGUGUCACAGUUUGUGUUUUUAGCUGUGUGUCCAUUUGCACAAGCAGUGGUAAACCAAAUGAGACCUUUAGUGUGACUAAAUGAUGCUUCAGUUUCUCUCAGGGGGGUGUGUGUGUGUGUGUGUGUGUGUGUGUGUGUGUGUGUGAGAGAGAGUUUUAGUUACUCUUUACUUCAAAUGUUGUUAAAGUUGUUUUUAUUAUUCAAAGGUCUGAAAUGUGUUAUUUAUAAAGUUUCUUUGAUUGUGUGCUGACUU